AUGGCGUACGCUUCUACGUGUGGCUGCAUCAUGGCGCAUAUUCUGGAUCUACCUAACGAAAUACUGAUCAAAGUGGCAUCCCUGCUGAAUUUGGACGAUCUUAAAUCACUUAGCUUGGCUUGCCAACGUUUAAGUGAGAUUGCGAUUUCCUAUGUCAUGGUAAAGAAAAGUGUGCUAUGGCUCAACAGAGUGGAUGAGAUUCCUGCACAGUUUGGCAAUAAGAUAUCCAGCAAGCGGUAUAUUCCGGUCGAGACACUGAAGACGAGCAGACGUAGCUAUUAUGCGAUCGGGAUUGUUUUGCCGGUGAUACUGUCGAAAUACGAGUUGACAAUGAUUCAGUUGCGGCUGAACGCGCUGCUGCUGGAAAAGGCGGCGGUGCGUGAUCUGCAUAUUACCGACAGCCACAGCCUGCAGAUGGUUACACUUUGGGAACAUUUUCCCAUACUGUUCCAAACGCUCGAUAGCAUCACGGUGACAGUGCACGAGUCGCACAUUCGGAAGCACGCGGAAGUGGUCUGGGAAUUGCCAAACCUGCGCCGAAUCACCUGGAACGAGCUGAGCUAUAACAGCGCAAUGCGGCGCGACCAGCGCAUAUGCAUCAACUUGUACGCGCCGAAGCUACAGGAGGCUAUAUUUGUUACGCCCAAAGACUUGUACAUGCAUAAUAAUAACUUUAGCAGCAUGCUGGUGGUGAAAACGGUCGGCAAUCUGCGGGAGCUGAAAUGCGUGGUCGGCUACCAAGUGAUCGAUAUGCUGAGCAACAAUCGGCUGCCCGCACUGCAGCGCCUGUCCAUGUUUACGUGGGCGGAAAAGAACGAUGUUAUCUGGGACAUCAUUGCGAGCAACACACCGGAAUUGCAGUUUCUGGAAGUAAAGCGGGACCCAACGAUGCCGUCGGCAGAUAUGGCGUUUUGCCCGUUUCUGGUGUACUGUUCCAUGCUCACCGAGCUCCACCUGGAAAGCAUGAACGUCACGGAUAUAUUCGAUAAAUCCUACCUGUGGCACGGAAUCAAAACGCUCCACCUGCACGAUUGCUUGGUGUACCCGAAGGCGAACAAAACGCCGGUUACCCUAUCCAGCGUAACCACACUCUGCAUAAGCCUGUACUUUGUCCAGGACGGUAGAUUGGUGCUCAAUCUACCAUCGGUGGAAACACUGUCGAUUUCCAAAGCGAGCGAAGAGCUGGACAUUUUGGAAAUGCCAAAGCUCAAAACAUUGCACAUGCGCAUACGCUUCAAUCACCAGUUCACGUUCAUGAGGGACCGGAUGCCCGAUUUGCGCGACGUAAUAUUGGACACGCCCGUGUCGUUCCUGCCGGGGACGGAGCAGGCUUACCAUAUGAUGUUGAACCCAGCAAACAAGCUGAUCAACUUGACGGUUGUCUGUCGCAGCGGGCGCGCCAUCAAUAAUCUGCUCGCAAACGUUAACCGGGAGCAGCCGGCGCUCAAGACGCUGAACAUCAUCGGAUCCGGUGUAAUGUCGAAAAUCAAUAAAAACACCUUUCGUACCCUGCUGAAGUUGGUCCAUCUGGAGAGCCUGCUGAUAACAAACGUUCAAGUGUCCGGUUCGCUACCGCAUCCGAUUCCAUUGCCUCCGCAACUGCACCAAUUGAGAAUUCGUUCACUCUGCCUGCCUAUGAAGUCGCGCUUUAUAACGAUGAGACGCACCCAGCGUCGACUGGGCACCAUCGCGGAGCGUAGAGUGCUUCAUCAUAAAUUUUUCGCUGUGAAUAGCUUCCAGAUUCCGCAAUAUUUCGACAUACAGGGUGGAAUCGAGGUGUGUUUGGACCAGCUGAUUGAUAUGUACUUCAGCCCGUAAGCAAAAGGUCGAAUGAGUAGUCCAGUUGGGAGAAAGAUAUAUUGGCGAAAUAUCAGCAGUGAAGAGAAGGAUUUCAUUACUAUCAUAAUCAUGAUGAUGAUUAUUAUUAUUAUAAAUUAUAAACAUCUUAGGAACGACAUGUAAGGAAAAGAGUUUGACGAUAGUUCUCAAAGAUGGGAACACUUGAAAGUCUGAAGUGCUGCUCUUAAAAUCUGGCCAUCCUGGUCAUGGCAUCACGCAAAACGUUUUGAAGGAGCGUAAAAAGGAAAGGAAGAUAGGAGGGCGAAAGCAUCGAGGCUAUACGAGAGCAGGCAGGCGAUAAAGUAUAUGACGUUGAUAGAUGCCUAAUAUUUGAUAUUGAACUAUAAUAUUGAAAUUAUUGAACUAUACCACGCGCUUACAUACAUACUUGGAUCUCUAAAACGUAUACGGCUUUGAACAUCGAAUUUGUAUCGAAUCUCUAUACCAAAUCUAUCGUUUGCUGUGAAUCAGUAAUACCAUUUAAUAGAAACGCGUAAUAGAAACGGAAGAAAAGGUUGUUAUACAGUUGGCCAACUACUGUUGUGAUCAACUCGCUCAUUUUAGUGAGCUGAGCUGAGCGAAAAGCUCAACUGACUGAGGCGAUAAAAGAUCUGACUGAGCGCUUAACUCACUGUUGUAAGGUAGUGUCUUGAUCUACUCCAAUUUGAUUAAAUCUCGUCCGAGUUUCUAGAGUUCUUCUAGAGAGCUGCUGGAUAACUAAGGUGAAAUAUGGAAUGGUUCAAAGAAGAAGUAGAAGGAGCUGCGCAUAUCACGGAA